AAGUCUUGUGGCCGUUGGAGGAGGACAUUGCUGCUUGUGGUGGCCAUUCACUGGAGCCGAAGCUGAGAAAGAAAGAAAGAGUGGGCGGGCAGCCGCGCGACAGCUGUGUGGAGGCUUUCUCUGUUUCCGGGAUUCCUCCUUCGUCUCAGUCGCUGCGAGAGUACUAGUCUGCUGUGCUCCCUGUGCAUGAUCGACGGAGACAGAGACAGACCUGGAGAAGGGGCUGUUUGACACCGCUUGUCUCGCCGGUUAAGCCCAACAGAAUCUGUGGUUUGAAGGUGGAAUAAAAGAUGAGCAAUGGAAUGGUAGCACCAAAGAUAAGAGCAGUUGCGAGCUUGUCUGUUUUACGUCUGCCUGUUGCAGUAUUUCUAGCUGUUGUGUCUCCUGGACUCGCCUCAGAAUGCAGACCGCCCUUUUUGCCAGAAAAUGGAGGAUACACCUGUCACCCUACUCCUUGCCGCCAGUUCUCCCAGACCACGGUGAUAGAGUAUUUCUGUGAUGAAGGGUAUACGCUCAAAGGCGAUUACAAAUACCUCACCUGCCAGAAUGGAGAGUGGUACCCCCCAAUGGAGAUCAGCUGCCGACUUGGGCAAGGUAAAGAACUGCAGUCUUCUUUGGGUGUGCCUGCACUUUCCAUUGUUGCCUCCACAGCCAGCUCAGUUGCACUCAUUCUCUUGUUGGUGGUCCUCUUUGUUCUUCUUCAGCCAAAACUUAAGUCCUUUCAUCACAGCAGGCGUGACCAGGGAGUGUCUGGUGAUCCUGUGUCAAUUGUGGUUGAAGGUGUACAAGUGUCUCUGCCAUCCUAUGAAGAGGCAGUUUAUGGGAGUGGAGGAGCUACCAUUCCACCGGUUGAGUCGAGAGUUCAGAUAGUACUAUCAGAGGGACCAGGUGGGAUGGAUGAACCCCACAGAGAGGAAGAUCACAUAGGACAAGCUGAACUGAAUCAGUCGAGCAGUUGUCAAAAUUCAGAGAGAGUAUUGGUGCAUCAAGCUGCUACUUCCUCCUCCUCUUCCUCCUCAUCCACCUCCUCAUCUUGGGCCUUUGAGCAUUCUGGGGCUGCUGCCUCCCCACAGAGACAAGACUCUGAGAGCAGUGACCGGCAAAGCCAGUGUUCUCUCACAUUCACCAAUGAUUUUUCAGAUGAUAUCCCAUUGCUGAAGGAAGCCUGAAGCUUGAUUGUAUCAGCUGCCUUUCUUGAUGGGUUCGCCUGCACCUUCUGAAGUCAAUGGGAGUGUCUUGCUGGUGCUCACCUUGGAGUUCCUCUUCAGCUGUCCUCUUUAUCCAAGAACUGUUGAUCUUGAUUUGAAGCCUGGGAUGUUUUAGCUGAAGUCAUCUCUUCAGAAAAAGGGAGGCCACCUUCUUUUCCUCUAUUGAGGAGCCUGUGGAACUGCUUGCCUUAUUUUAACAUUCAUUUUGACCAAGCAGCAAGCAAAUUAAAGCAAAGAGUAAACUGAUUCAAUGGCAAGAGAUAAAGGACACCAAUGCAAUGAGGUUGUGACUUCCAUAUUGUCUCCCAAGGAAUGUACAGGUGUGUUUUGUUCAUGCAGUUUUUGUACAUCCAAUCAUUAACCACACGCACUUUGACACUUGUAAAAAUGCUUUAUAAGUAGCCUGUAUUUAAUCACUGUUGUAAAUUUGUUCACCAACAACACUUGGAUAUUUCAAAGUACCGUUUCCUUUUUCUUAGAAAAUAUAUACUUCUGUUGACACACACUCAGACACACGGGGUAGUUAAUAGCCUUCAGGAUUGCUGUUCUGUACAGAAUCUCUUGACAUCAGUGCAGUGCUAGUUACAUGGUUCUGCAGCAGUUGUUUACAUCUAUUUCAUAUUCCAUUUUUAAUUAAGUGCUUUAAAUUUUUUAAAUAUGAAAGGCUUUUUAAAUUUAAUAUUUCUUUUGGAUCUUAUUUGCUUAUUCAUAGUAAUAUAUCACUUGCUUACAAGCUUUUUGUGUAUUUGAAGGGCUAUUUGUUAAUGCCUCAAUUAUCAAAUUUAAGUGGAUUUUCACUCCAUUAAAUUUUUUCUUUUCCAAA